GCGGCGGCGGCGGCGGGAACCCGGGAGGCGGAGGCGGGAGGCGGGAGGCGGGAGGCGGCGGCGGCGCGCGGAGACGCAGCAGCGGCAGCGGCAGCAUGUCGGCCGGCGGAGCGGCAGUCCCGCCACCCCCGAACCCCGCCGUGUCCUUCCCGGGGCCCCGGGUGACCCUGCCUGCCGGCCCCGACUUCCUGCGGACCUACUCUGGCGCCUUCGUCUGCCUGGAGAUUCUGUUCGGAGGUCUCGUCUGGAUUUUGGUUGCCUCCUCCAAUGUUCCUCUACCUCUGCUACAAGGAUGGGUCAUGUUUGUGUCCGUGACAGCUUUUUUCUUUUCCCUUCUCUUCCUGGGUGUGUUUCUCUCUGGCAUGGUGACCCAAAUUAAUGCCAACUGGAAUUUCCUGGACUUUGCCUACCAUUUUACAGUGUUCGUCUUCUACUUUGGAGCCUUUUUACUGGAAGCAGCAACCACGUCCCUGCACAAUCUGCAGUGCAAUACAACCCUGACUGUGCAGCCGCUCCUGAGUGAUAGCCAGUAUAACAUAAAUGUAGCAGCCACAAUUUUUUCCUUUAUGGCGACAGCUUGUUAUGGUUGCAGUUUGGCUUUGGCUUUACGAAGAUGGCGACCGUAGCACUCCUUAGAAACUAACAAUUGUGUGUUAGUUCCAUGUGUCUACUUUAUAUGUCUAAUCAAUUUGGAUACCAUUUUGUCCAGAUGUAAAAACAUUCCAAAAGAAAUUUGUUUAGUAUAUAGAGAGAGACUCUUAAGUGCAAGUUGUGGUCUAUUUCAUGGAUGAAAUUUUAAUUUUAUUAUAAUGUUAAACAGAGAAAUGGCCUUUAAUUUCACAUCUUUUCUUUCUGAUUUUCUUUCUUUUUUGAAAAUUUCUCUUAUAUCCAUAAAAUACAAAGAUGAUGUUUAUUAAAAAUUAGUAUCCUUUUUGUUUGGUUACUGAGUCACGUGAACCUUAAUUUUAAUAGGUAACUAAAACUCCUUAAGAAACACACAUUUCAAAUAGACUUCUCGCUAAACUCUGUCUUUUAAUAUAAAACAGGGAUUGGCAUACUUUUUCUACAGUGGGCCAGAAAGUAGACAUGUUAGGCUUUGUGGGCCUUACAGUCUCUGUUAUAACUAUUCACUUCUGCUGUUGUAGCAUGAAAGCAGCUAUAGACAAUACAUAAAUGAAAGAGCGUGGCUGUGUUCUAAUAAAACUUUAUUUACAAAAACAGGGGAGGCUGGAUUUAGCCCUUGGGCUACAGUUUGUCAACCUGUGUUAUAAAACGUUAAUUAUUGAACUGAUUGUGAAAAGGUUAUAAACCUAAUUAGACAAGCCACAUAAUCAUUAGUCUCAUGCAGUAACCACAUUGCCUUUGUGCUCAUGGUUAAAUUUUUACCCUUGGAGGGGCACAUAAUUUCUCAAGCUAACUCAAACAGACUCCUGGGUAUAAGAAAAAGUGAUUUAUGAAGUGAACUUUAGUUGCCUGAUUAAACUAAUGAUCUCCUAACAACUGAGCAAGAUUCUCACUUGAGAGUCCUUCAGUGGGAUCCCCAGAGACCAUCACUACUGGCACUGGUAUCUACCCACUUUUGUCUUACUUUGGAUUUAUUUAUGUUUCAGAAUAUAGUUGUUUGCCUUGUGCAUGAAUAUAUGAAUAUUUGUGUGUAGAUAUGUUAGACUUUCCAAAUAGAACUCUCAGAAGAGUUAACUUUUUUCUUCUAAUUAUUUUGCAUUACUCUGAAUUAAAUUUGAAUAGAGUAUUAAAUAUAAAGUUGUAGCUUCUUACAUGUUUUGCUGAUAGCCCAGACAUCUAUGUUAUUUUUGCAUUGUUGACAGAUAGACAAAAAUCAGUUUCAAAACAGUAGCCAGCACAAAAACUGUCUCUGGCUGAAUAACACAGAAAAGUAUUUUAACCCACCUAUAGAGUCAUGGAAAGGUGCAAAAAUGGCUUGAAUGGAAGAACAAGUUAGAGUUAGGCCAUAGUGCCGACCGCUAGGGCUUUUGGAUUGCUCCAUUCUUUCAGCCCUUUACUUUAUAGCUGAAGCAUCCCCUAAAAGUGCCAUGUGUAAGUUGGACUAUUAGAUUUCAUGAAACAUAGAACAACCAUGACUGAGUAGCAUGAAUAAGGCUCAGUGAUGAAAUGCCAUUUGUCUAGUAAUCCCCUAGAAAGAGGAACCUUGUUAGAGCUUGGUUUUUGACAAAAUUAUAAACACAAAAGAUGUGUUUCAAUAUGUGGCUUGAGGAAAUCAGUCUAUGACUUUAUACUCUUUUCUAUGAUAUCCAACCUCCUUGGUUUUUCUAGCUCCACACCACACACCUAUGUCUGUAUUAUGAAUUAUAUAUUACAAAGUAAUAAAUGUGCCAUAAGGAUAGAUAGUCCAUUCUAGUUGGAAUCGUUUAAAGUUAGUCUGCUAGAAUUUAGUUGUGAGAUUUUUUGUUUCCAAGGUAUAUCAGGCUUAUGCUUGGUGGCAUUAAAUGAUUUCUUAACAUGCUUUGGUGGUACUUUUGUAAAUGGAUUGCUUCUAGAUCAUUAAGAACCAAGCCUAAGACUCACCUAACUGUGAACACUUAGAUUUGUAGAAGAAUCGCAUUCUAGAUUGGUGAGUGACGAAGCACUUGAACAAAAAUUAUGGCAUUUAAGAAUUUCUUUACAUAUCUUAGCUGUAAAAAUGAGAAUAUGUUGCUUGGUUUUAAAAUCUGGUAUAACUCCACGAUAAAAAGAAAUUUAUUUUAUAAGUGUUAUGACUCUAAUAAAAAGUAUUCAUUUGAUAA